GUGCAGGACUGACUUCAUUUUUUAACUCGGAACAAAGGAGCAGAGCCGCCACCUUCGCCCACUUUUGGACCUGCAAAAUUCAAACCAACAACAACAAUGGAGUUUGUAAUUGUAUGGGCGAUGGUGGAGCUCCUCCUCGCCCUCAGUCUCGUCGUCGCCACAGCCUUCAUUUCUGCCGUCUUCUUCGAAGCUUAUCGCAGAAAAAACAACAACGCGCAUGUUGAUGCUCCCGCGAUCUUCGAGGACCCCAAUUCGUUGAAACAGGUUCCUUGCCCUUCGAUUUUUGAUCCGGCAGAGAAGUAUUUAUCUUUGAUUGUCCCUGCAUUCAAUGAGGAGCUUAGGCUUCCCGGAGCACUUGACGAAACCAUGAAUUAUCUUCAACAACGUGCUGCUAAGGAUAAGUCUUUUACUUAUGAGGUGGUGAUUGUUGAUGAUGGAAGUGUUGAUGGGACAAAAAGAGUAGCAUUUGAAUUUGUAAAGAAAUACGGUGUGGAUAAUGUGAGGAUUAUCCUUCUCGGUAGAAAUCAUGGAAAGGGAGAAGCUAUUAGAAAAGGAAUGCUACAUUCACGUGGUGAGCUACUUCUAAUGCUGGAUGCUGAUGGAGCAACCAAGGUUAAUGACGUAGAAAAACUUGAAAAACAGAUUCAUGCAGUUGCCGAACAGGAUAAGUUUAGGGACUCUUCUGCUGGUAAUUCAAGUUUUAGAAUAUCUGAUAUCCCCAUUGCUGCAUUUGGUUCUCGUGCUCAUCUUGAGGGGAAAGCCCUGGCUACAAGGAAGUGGUACCGCAAUUUUUUGAUGAAAGGUUUUCAUCUUGUGGUACUUUUGGCUGCUGGUCCCGGGAUUCGGGAUACACAGUGUGGUUUUAAGAUGUUCACUAGGGCUGCUGCUAGGAAGCUUUUCACUAACAUCCGUUUGAACAGAUGGUGCUUUGAUGUUGAGGUGGUUUACCUGUGCAAAUGGUUCAAAAUCCCAAUGCUUGAGAUAUCUGUAAGCUGGUCUGAAAUUCCUGGAUCGAAGGUGAACCCAUUGAGCAUCCCAAAUAUGCUUUGGGAGCUUGUGCUCAUGUCUGUUGGAUAUAGAACCGGCAUGUGGAAAAUUCGUAGCUGAGUAUUGUACUUAUCAAACGCCAGCGGAAAGCAAAUACUCAUUAGACAACUACAAGGCACCUGGUUCUUUUCCCUCCAAAGCCUUUGAAGAGAUUUAUAGAAGGUUUUUAUUUCAAGGCCUCUUUGGGCAAAGUCGUGAUCUAACCACCACGAUUUUAGCAAGUAAAAUCAUUUGGGGGGCAACUCCAGUUUCUUCUAAUCAUACAUUUUACGUAUUCGACUUCACAAUAGUGUCCCUUUUUCAACGAGCUUGAAAGUUAUAAACUUGUACGUUUAAGAACGAUUGGAUUAUGUUAACAGUAUAGUACUUGUACGACUAUUCGGUCAUGACUGCAAAACUUUCUGAAACAUAAUUUGGCUUAGCCAUUUCUGCUUAA